UGUCUCACAGCACCCAUAAGAAGCUCACUGCGUGUCUACAGGGCCAGCAAGGGGCAGAGGCUGACAAGCGCUCUAAAAAGUUGCCUUUGACGACAUUGGCUCAGUGUUUGAUGGAAGGGUCAGCUAUCCUGGGAGAUGACACGCUUCUUGGGAAGAUGCUGAAACUGUGCGGAGAGACAGAGGACAAGCUGGCUCAGGAGCUGAUACAUUUUGAAUUACAAGUAGAGAGAGACGUCAUUGAGCCCCUGUUUCUGCUGGCUGAGGUGGAAAUCCCAAAUAUCCAAAAGCAGAGGAAACAUUUAGCAAAGUUGGUGCUGGACAUGGACUCUUCACGAACCAGGUGGCAGCAGACUUCCAAGUCUUCAGGUCUGUCCAGCAGCUUACAGCCUGCGGGUGCCAAAGCUGAUGCCCUCAGGGAAGAGAUGGAGGAGGCUGCCAACAGAGUGGAGAUUUGCAGGGACCAGCUCUCCGCUGACAUGUACAAUUUUGUGGCCAAAGAAAUCGACUAUGCAAACUACUUUCAAACGCUAAUAGAAGUGCAAGCUGAAUACCACAGGAAAUCACUGACACUGCUACAGGCUGUGUUGCCUCAAAUAAAAGCACAACAAGAAGCCUGGGUGGAGAAGCCUUCCUUCGGGAAGCCCCUAGAGGAGCACCUCACCAUCAGUGGCCGGGAGAUCGCCUUCCCCAUCGAGGCAUGUGUGACAAUGCUGCUGGAAUGUGGGAUGCAGGAGGAGGGCCUCUUCCGUGUAGCUCCCUCUGCUUCCAAGCUGAAGAAGCUGAAAGCUGCACUGGACUGCUGUGUGGUGGAUGUGCAGGAAUACUCAGCUGAUCCCCAUGCCAUUGCAGGAGCUUUGAAAUCUUACCUCCGAGAGCUGCCAGAACCUCUUAUGACCUUUGAACUCUAUGAUGAAUGGAUCCAGGCUUCCAAUAUCCAGGAGCAAGACAAGAGGCUUCAGGCUCUCUGGAAUGCUUGUGAGAAAUUGCCUAAGGCCAAUCAUAACAACAUCCGGUACUUGAUCAAGUUUUUAUACAAGUUGUCAGAAUAUCAAGAUGUAAACAAGAUGACUCCCAGUAACAUGGCAAUUGUCUUAGGACCCAACCUUCUAUGGCCACAAGCAGAAGGGAACAUCACCGAGAUGAUGACCACAGUUUCGCUGCAGAUUGUCGGGAUCAUCGAGCCCAUCAUCCAGCAUGCGGACUGGUUCUUCCCUGGGGAGAUAGAAUUCAACAUUACGGGCAAUUAUGGGAGUCCAGUACAUGUGAACCAUAAUGCCAACUACAGCUCGAUGCCCUCCCCAGACAUGGACCCUGCUGACCGGCGCCAGCCUGAGCAGGCCCGCCGGCCACUCAGUGUUGCCACGGAUAAUAUGAUGCUGGAGUUUUACAAGAAGGAUGGUACUUCUAAAAGCAAGGAAUUGUCUCCAGGGUCUGGGCAGAAAGGAAGUCCAGGCUCUGGCCAGGGGACAUCCUGUCCAGGGACACAACCGGGGACACAGCCAGGUAGCAGUCCCAGCCAGCCACCUGCAGACCAGAGUCCUCAUACCCUCCGGAAAGUUUCAAAGAAGCUUGCACCAAUUCCACCCAAGGUCCCCUUUGGCCAGUCGGGGACUGUGACUGAGCAGUCCACUGGCCAGCCGUCCCCAGUCAGCCUGUCUCCAACUCCACCAAGCACCCCAUCACCCUACGGACUCAGUUACCCUCCAGGGUACUCCUUGGCCUCAGGCCAGCUCUCCCCGGCAGCGGCUCCUCCUCUGGCCUCUCCCUCCAUUUUCACAAGCACUUUAGCCAAAUCUCGGCCCACCCCGAAGCCCCGGCAGAGGCCUACCCUGCCACCUCCUCAGCCUCCCACGGUCAGCCUCUCGGCCUCCAGCCCUCAGUCCACGGAGCACCCUAUGCUGGAUGGCAUGUCCCCAGGGGAGAGCAUGUCUACAGAUCUUGUCCACUUUGAUAUCCCCUCCAUCCACAUAGAGCUGGGAUCGACACUGCGCCUCAGCCCCCUGGAGCACGCACGGCGACACUCGGUGACUGACAAGAGGGACUCAGAGGAGGAGUCCGAGAGCACUGCCCUCUGAUGGGGCUCCCCGCCUGACACAAGUGUACAUACAGACGCGGCCCCGGGGACACACCGCCAGGAGCGGCGUCCCUGAGCCUGCCAAGUAUUCUCCAUUGGCAUUUCCUGUCGCUUCCAACACAAGGUUGGAGUUCGGCAGAAAAUCGCCAUCUCUGGUCCGUGUGGCAAAUGUAGGUGGUGCAGAUUUUGUUUGUUCCUUCUGGGUGGUGACUUUGGCCUUUUGUUUGACCUUUGCCUUUUGACUUUGUGCCUAUUUCGAUCCAUUCUCAGCCUCCAUGCCAAGCAGCACCCACCUCUCUGCCCAAGGGCUUGCUUGUCAGAAAUGUCCUUAGUGGGGUAGGGGAACAGGAAAGGAUGAAGCUACCGGGUCACACCUGAGGGAUGCUGCCUUGACUGGGACAGCUGACUCUGGGCCUGCAGUCUCUUGUCUAUAGGGCCAGAGAGGAAGCAGGUCAGCAGUCCAUAGUCCACAGGUGGACCAGAGUUAGAAUUCUGGAAGUGCUAGCACCGACAUUUGCCUGCCGUGCAGGGGAGGGCCAGCCCAUGGAUAACCUUUUAGGGUUCCCUUAAUCAGAGGGCUCCGGAGUAAUUGGUUUCACUUACUAACAGUUCUGUCCCCUCCCCCCAUGCGUGACUGAAAGCUCCUUUCACUCAUCAUUUUAUACUUCUGAAUUUAAGAGGAUCUUGACCAUGUCUGAUGUGUCC